GAAAACACAAGCGUCGCUUGAGAGCGCUGUAGCCCAACGGAGGAAACUGCAUCUAAUUCUCAAAGCAAGUCAGACACGAGUUUUCUACUGUUUAGUCCCGAAGAUUAACCGAUACCAGCAUGCCUGUCAUCAGAACCCUCAGCAAGGUGGUCAAGCAGGCUCUGCUCAGCACCCCGGGCUGCGGUUGUCAGCCCCUAACGGUGGCUGUACGCAACAUCAGCUUCUCCCCUCGGCAGGUGACUUCUGAUGCCAGCUUCCACUCCGUGUCCUUCUCAGAAACAGACCACCCCAAGGUGCUGAUUACAGGUGGCCUGGGACAGCUCGGAGUGGGGCUCGCCAAACUGUUGAGAAAGAGGUUUGGAAAGAACAAUGUCAUUCUGUCUGACAUCAGGAAACCUCCAAGCAACGUUUUCCACAGCGGCCCCUUCAUCUACUCGGACAUCUUGGACUACAAGAACCUGCGGGAAAUAGUGGUGAACAACCGCAUCACUUGGCUGGUUCACUACAGCGCCCUCCUCAGUGCUGUUGGAGAGGCGAACGUAGCCCUGGCGCGCUCUGUAAACAUCACCGGGCUUCACAACAUCUUGGACAUUGCAGCGGAGCACGGCUUGCGUCUGUUUGUCCCUAGCACCAUCGGUGCCUUUGGUCCCACCUCUCCCCGCAACCCUACACCAGAUCUCUGUGUGCAGAGACCUCGCACCAUCUAUGGUGUCUCCAAAGUUCACGCUGAGCUGAUGGGAGAGUACUACCACCACCGUUACGGCCUGGACUUCCGCUGUCUCCGUUACCCAGGAAUCAUCUCUGCUGACUCCAUGCCAGGGGGCGGCACAACAGACUAUGCCGUCCAGAUUUUCCACGAUGCAAUCAAGACUAGCAAGUUUGAGUGCAACUUGAAACACAGCACGCGGCUGCCCAUGAUGUACAUUGACGACUGCUUGCGUGCCACGCUGGAGGUAAUGGAGGCGCCGGCUGACACACUGAGCAUGAGGACCUACAACAUCAACGCCAUGAGCUUCACCCCCGAGGAACUGGCCCAGGAGCUCCAGAAGCAGAUGCCCGAGCUGGAGAUCACGUAUGACGUUGACCACGUACGGCAGGCCAUCGCUGACAGUUGGCCAAUGAACUUCGACGAUUCCAACGCACGGAAGGACUGGGGCUGGAAGCAUGAUUACGAUCUGCCCGAGCUUGUCCAGACGAUGCUUACCUUCUUUGGCGCAGAGCCGCGCAUGGCUCGUGCUAACUGAGGGCUCACAAUAUCCGUCUGAGUAUUCUUUGUACAUAAUGUAAAGACUCACCAAAGAGAAUAGAGAAACUUGGCCUGUACAUAGUCGUUCUCUCGCUUCUCUCUGUAAAAUCAGAAGGGCUCUGCAUGCCUGGCACAAGGCUACCGUGUCUUCAGAAUGUAAAGGUCAGUGCGGGCUAGACAAUCGUCCCCCGCUCCUGUUAUCUACUCCUGCUGUGCUCUUUUUCCUUGUUCUUUUGCUUGGAGAUUUGUGGCGAAGAGCAGUUUGUCAGUGGAAGUUUUCCGUCGGCGAUAACAACGUGCCCCGUGACAACUUAUUUGGAGGAAAAAGAAGAUGACUUGCAUGUUGAUAAAUUAAGCAAAAAUUUAUUCAACAAACUCAGAAUUUUGCCUUGUGAAUUUGUCAACGUUUCCACCAGUUUUUCUUUGCAAAUCGAUCAGGGUUUAGUUUUCAGCUAAAUUUCAAAGUGGUAUUCAGGUAUUCUGGGCCUAAAGCUCCUGGGGCUAAAAUCAAGUAAGUUUGUAUUGAGAGGUGUACAAAUACACAAGUUGUGUCCUUUGAUGCACUUUAGACAGAUUCAUAUUUUAAAGUUACACACAAGUGAAUCAGUCCAAUCAACUGGGGGGGGGGAUUUCUGAUUAAGUGCAUCUGUAUUUCGAGCAGUGUGGAGUGAAAAUUCUUAACAAUUGUUCUUCUGUUUAUUCCACGUACGAUUAUUUAUUCUGUCUAUUUGUGUUAAAUGUGUGGGAGCUCCAUCGAGUGAAAGCAUUUCUUAACACUGUUUUGAAGUGUUCCUGUCCACUUUUUCAACUUUGUUGGGUUAUUUUGUCGAGAAAUAUGACUCUGUCUGCAACAUUUACGUUUGACCACAUUUGGUCGUUUCUGUGUGUCAACAUUUUGUUUGAGGAGUGCUGUAAUUGGUUUCUAUGUGAAAUCUGACUGUUCUUCGGAUCACACAACAAGCUUUGACAAUAAAACUGUUUUCCACUCA